CAACAUUCGCCUAACUUUUCCUCCUUCCCGCCAUCAAUCUCCACUCUAACAUUCCCUUCCUUCCCUCAUCGGGAGCAUCUUGACCUUUCUUUCCCAAUCUGCUUGCAGCGAAUUUCGGUUGUUCAAUUUACCUGAGGUACCCAAGGUUGCCUUAUUUCCAUUGCCAACAAGAUUGGUAGGUACCUUACAUACCACCUGCCUAAGCGGUCUACCAGCCCUUAGCUGCAGAGCUCCCAGCUUGGUCGAGGUAGCUUGACCUUCUGUUGGUACCUACAUCCUACCGCCGCUCAAUUAGGACUCUCACUCUUUUGACAUCAUCCAACACCCCUCAAGAAUAAACUCUGAGCGAAGUUUAUCUGUAGUCAACAACUGCUCCCGCCUUGUCCGCCCGUCUACCUUAGUAGCCGCCAUCGUCAUUUCUCGCCACAUUGCACCACAUUAAACCCACCGGCCGAAAUCUAAGCUCCAACUGCCUGCUUGGCUACCGCAUCCUAGCUGCAUCCCCGCCGAGCGCAGCGCAACCACAACAUUGUCAACCACGUUCCAGAGCGACACCUUGACAUUCCACGACCAUCUGGUUUACUGGUACGACAACGGCCAGCUGUAUUCGACUUCCCCCCACCUCAUGCGCGCCAAACUGUAACAUCUACACCAUCACCUACACCUAGGAAUAAACUGCAUUUCAUCAGAGCAGCCUCUCCUCGUUCAGCUGUGGUCUCCAGGUACCACAUCGGAUGAGCCUAAUCGGAUAGCAUACUGGCCUUAUAUCCAAUAUCUACUUAGUCCUUCAUCGAAACGCAAACAAUCAUAGACAAGCCAAACCGAGUGAACCCGUUUAUCGAUCAUUAUGUCGGCCAGCGGCUUCACCAGUCCAUUCGGGGCCAAUUCAAACCCCUUUGGAUCGCCGGAAGAAAGGAGAGGUGUGGCCGGAUCUAUCCAACCUGUACUAGAAGAGGAGGAGGCCGACGGAAUCGGCAGUGAACCCAUCUCAUUCAAAAGCCCUGGAUUCCGGGCACCUUUCGGUGGAGGUGACGCAAACUCGGAGGGACCGCCAUCCUCCAGGCCACAGAACCCGGAUGGGUAUCCAGCCCAGUACAACUUUGCAAGGAGAACGUCAGUCUCGGCCGAGUCACUGAAGCCGAUUGCUGAUUCAUAUGACAACUGGACCCCGCCCUUCCACCCAAAGAGUGCCGAACAGCUGGACAGGCUUAAGAAGGCCAUACAAGGCAACUUCCUUUUUAGUCACUUGGACGAUGAGCAAAGUGCUCAAAUUCUUGGCGCUUUGGUGGAAAAGCCCAUCCCUGCCAAGGACAUCAAGGUAAUCGUCCAAGGCGAUGCUGGUGACUAUUUCUACGUUGUUGAGAAAGGCAAGUUCAGCGUCCAUGUCAACUCCAGCGGCGUGAUGCAAGCGGGAACCCAAGGCCUGGGCGAUCACGUCGGUACCAUCGAGGCAGGGGGCUCUUUCGGCGAGCUGGCGCUCAUGUACAAUGCACCACGAGCGGCUACAGUCAUGUCAGCUGAGCCCAACUGUGUUCUUUGGGCUUUGGACCGAGUGACUUUCCGCCGCAUCCUCAUGGAGUCGACAUUUUCACGUCGCCGGAUGUACGAGAACUUCCUGGAAGAGGUUCCCAUCUUGUCUACGUUGACAGCAUACGAGCGAUCAAAGAUUGCUGAUGCACUUGAGACGCAAAAAUACCCUCCUGGCACAGUUGUAAUCAAAGAGGGCGAUCCAGGCGAAGACUUCUACCUCCUUGAGUGCGGCGAGGCUGAAGCUUUUAAAGCUGGGAUUGACCAACCCGUGAAGCUCUAUAAGAAGGGUGACUUCUUUGGAGAACUUGCUCUGCUAAACGAUGCACCGCGCGCUGCAAGUGUGGUGAGCAAGACCGAGGUCAAGGUAGCAGCACUGGGGAAGUCGGCAUUCCAAAGACUCCUUGGGCCAGUGGAGCCAAUUAUGAGGCGCACAAGAUAUGACGCAAUCAAAACCGGCGUCGAGGAAAUGGAUCCACUACAGGCUGCCUAACCAUGCCGGCAGAGGCUGAAGAAUGCUGGUCAGACGGCGAGGAAACAGGUUGUCAAAUGGUCGAUGGAUACCUGACAGGUUGGACUCUGAUCGUGGGAUUCCUACAUCCAACAUGUGUCGAGGAAAGGCUGUUGUUUCUGCGUUUUAUUCUGUAAAGACGAGGUAAAGACCGUUACUGUUAACCGGGCUAGGUGGCGUUGGACGGAUGCUCGCAACUUGUUUGAUAUUCGUUAUUCCCCCAUUUACUAUGUCAAAAAUCCUUAGUUUUUUCUUGUUCUUCUCUCUCUCUCUCUCUGGCACCGUUGAACGCUUUCCCUGCGAAGUUUACCGAGGUGCUUGAUACUUGUAGACAAACCUGUGUCUCAGAGAUGGAAUAUCAAAACUGCAAUUCAUAUUCAAUGCAGACUACGGCCCGAGGUUCCUCGAUCUGGUAGGGAAAACUGAGGCAGUCAAUGCGUAAGCAAAGUUUCCGUAUCAGAUUCUAGCCAGGACCCUA